UGCAUGACAGGACCGACUGUGCGUUGUCGCAGAUGCCCACAAAGAGAUUUUGAAGAUGAAAAUGCAGCUGUGCGGCUUGCAGGGCGCAGUAUAGACUUGGAUCCACGUCUGGACCAGAGGCUUACUAGAAUUCGUUCUUCGCUGGGAAAACUAAAAAGAUGCUGAGUGUAAGGCGACUGAAACCCGUUCUGCUAGCCCUGUCUCUUCUCAUUAUUGCAUACAACCUGAUGCCAGACAUUGCUCCUCUGGACAUUCACCAAGAAAAAGCUAUUGCCCAAGGGUUCCAUGUGGUCAGCGAAGAUGAUGGCCAUUCUGACCUGUCAGCCAAAAAGCAGCAUGCUUUUAUCCAGCGAUUGCGAAACAAUCUGGAGUCGCAACCCAAGAUCAACAACAUGUCGGCGAUUAACAUCACUCCGAUUGUAGAUGGAUUGUCGAAACAGAUUCUGCCGACUGACGAGGAUUUGCCCCAGAAGGCCGAAGGUCAUUCUAAUACCGAGCGAAAAGGGAACCAGACCUCCAGACAGACACGUUUGAUCCUUUUGGGUUACAUGCGUACUGGAAGCUCCUCGACGGGUGCAAUGAUUAGGCGCCACAGGAGUGUCUUCUACUGGUACGAGCCUCUUCACUCACUGGAAUAUUACUUCACCACCAGAGGACGCCUCGACAACAUUCCCAUGAAAAACAGGACGGCGAGAGAAGAAUUUACGAACAGCGAUAUGGCCCUCGGCAACAUCUCUGCCAUCCUCAAGUGUGACAUCGACCGCCUGUACCGCAACAUCUUGCUCGACGGUUUCCUUUCUUUCAGCAAGGUGACGAGCCAACAGAUUCACUGCUUCAAAGCUGCGGAUUCUGCUGGAUCCUGGAACGCCUGCACGCACGCCAUGAGCGCCACGUGUCACAGAGACUACAGCGUCGUGGCAGUGAAGACCAUUCGCUUCCACAUGGCGCGUGCUCUGGCGCUCGUGCAGAGUGAUCCAGACGUCAAGAUCGUGCACUUGGUCAGAGACCCACGUGCUGUCCUGCUCUCCCGUCGUAAGCUGGGUUUCUGCAACUGGACAGACCUGGCGAACGAAGCUUCCUACCUGUGCUCGCGCAUGUCUCGCGACUUGAAGCUGGCCCUAGCGGCUAGAGACACUCUGAAGGGAAGAUACCUCCUCAAACGGUACGAGGACACGGCAUCGUCACCUGUGGAAGCUAUGGACCUCUUGUACAGUUUCGUGGGACUAGUCUCUUCAGCGGAGGACCAAGCCUUUGCCAGAAAUCUGAGCAAGUCUUCCAAACAAAUAAAGCCUUGCCCUACAUGCAAAGGUGCGGUGUAUAAGGCAAAAGAAAUUUCUCAGGUGUGGCGGAAAUCUAUUGCUCACAAGGAUGCUCAGACUAUUUCAGGGCUGUGUCAGGAUGUCAUGGAAUUGCUAGGAUAUCGCAAAGACUUCGCAAGCAAAAAAGCGCUUAAAAAUCUUGCUGUGCCCGCGGUGCAAAAACCCCACCGUUCGGUCGUACAGUUCAUGGACAUUUUUUGACUUCAAAAAUGAAUAAUAACAACAAGAGUAGCAAACAUAAGAAGGAAUUCUGAAGUCCGCAUCUUGGUCAGCAUAUAAGGAUGACAUUUUCGUAAAGAUCAUAAGGGUGGGGGAUAGGAUGAGGUACUCUUUUUCUACAUACAACGCCAUUAACAAAUAUUGCAUAAUAACUGUAAGAUAAGAUCGUUUCUUUGCUGGUUGUGGUCAAUGCUCAUGCAGAAUUAAACCCGACAUUUUUAUG